AUGUCGUCCUCUCUCGAGGCAAAGAUAGUCGUCCUCGGCUCCCAGGGCGUCGGCAAAACAUCCCUGGUGACGCGCUUCUGCAAGGGUGCCUUCAACCCGGCCCAGAUCACCUCGACUGUUGGCGCCAGUAUGAUGACCAAGCGCGUUAUCGACACCGAUACCGAUACCGUGGUGCGAUUACAGAUAUGGGAUACCGCCGGCCAAGAACGUUUCCGCUCCAUCUCCCGCCUCUACUACCGCGGCGCCAACGCCUGCAUCCUCUGCUACUCCAUCACCGACGCCGCCUCCUUUGCGGAAAUGGGCAUGUGGCUGACCGAACUACGGCGCAACCUGCCUCAGGAUAUCGUCCUUCACGUCGUCGGCACCAAAGCCGACAUCGUCGCCCGCGACCCUUCCAAGCGCGAAGUGCCCUUUGAGCGCUGCAUCGCCUACGUAGCCGAGAACCUGAACCCAGGCGUGGGAUCGACGCCGCCGCCUACUGCCACACCCUUGGGGAUGCCGCUGGCGAUACCGGGGAUGCCAGGGGUGUUGAAUUUGAGUAGUGGUGGCUUGGGAGGAGGUUGGCAAGGGACAGGGACUGGUGCGAUGACGCGGGAGACGAUGGCUGCUGUGACUACAGCUGGGACAACAACGGAAAGACCAGAAAGAUCCGGGAUAGCCGGCCUAGGCGGAAUCCGGCUACGAGGGGCCGGUGGUGAUGCAUCACGACAAGAAAACCAAAACGCCGAAGGAAGCAACACCACAACAACCGGCACAGGACUCGGAGGACCAAGACCGCGACUACGCAACCACCCCUUAACCCGCACCAAAGCACCGAACCCCGCUCUCCCUCGAGCAAACGCUCCUCGGGCUUCUGGGGCCAGGAAGUCGGCUGGGACGCGUGCCACGAGGUCAGCGCCGAAUCAGGCGAAGGAGUAG